AUGACCUACGUCUCAAACGAUCCCAGUUACUGGCCGUCUAUCAGUGCGACAAUUUUUGUAAACUAUUAUGGAGUUGCUGCUGCCAUCGUGGUGGUAUAUGAUUGGGUCUUAACGAUCGGACAAGAGAUUGAGCUCAUCUGGAGACAACGUUGGUCUCUCAUGACCGCGCUGUAUUUGAUUGUUCAUACGCUAUAUUGGAAUACCAUAUUCUCUUGUCAAUAUUCUGCUAACUAUGCCAUCGGUAUCGCUGACAGAUGCAGCACUAUGACGUACUACGUAGUGAAUGCGAUAAGUGUGGCCUUGAGUGCCAUGUUGGGCGUCAUCAUGAUUGCUCGGUUGCAUGCCAUGUAUCAAGGGUCUAGAGCGAGGCUUAUGUUCCUUGUCAUUAUCUUCCUGGCUGUAAACAUUGCCUGCGGAGUAAUUAUGGCAAUAGGAUUCAACGAUACUGUAGCAGAGGAGACGAUACUCUCUGGUAUACAUAUGUGCGGCUAUGUAUAUGGAGGGGACGACCAGCUUCUGGUUUCGAUCAUUUGGAUACUCAACACUGUUUGGGAGGUCCUCACAUUGUGUCUUUCAGUUUGGAUUGCUGUGAAACACUUCCGUGAGCUGCGACGACUCGGCCCAUCGACAGGAUCGACCAUUGGGGACUGUUUCAGAGUGCUGGUACAAUCUCACGUUCUUUAUUUUGCGAGCUUUGUUGGUGUCUCUUGCAUCCAGCUUGCUGAUCUCUCUCCAGAAAUCUCGAAUUCGACUUCUAUUGGAGCUCAGAUACUCAUUGGUACUGUUCAAAUUUCAUUGGUUGUACAUAUGUUUGUGCUGGGACCACGCCUCAUCCUGAGCGUUCGAGAAUACAGCGCGAAACUCGUGGCAUACUCCGACGCAGAAACUAGCAUGAAUUCAAUUGUUUUCCAGGAGCAUGUACAUGUAUCAACUAGCAGUACUGUGUAG